AUGUGGAUUCUGACUGAAGUGCCACCCUUUGACUCCUCCUUGGCCUUUUAUCCCAAAGACAGCAUUGACGUGGUGAACCUGAAAUCUCGUCUUUCCAUCAGCAGGGCCUUGGCCCUCCUGUCUGGCCAUAAAGACCUGAAAACCUUCAGUGCUUCCAAGCAGUUCAACAACGAGGUCCUGAAGGCCCACAACGAGUACCGACAGAAGCAUGGUGUCCCCCCACUGAAGCUCUGCAAGAAGCUCAACCAGGAGGCGCAGCAGUAUUCUGAGGCCCUGGCCAGCACGAGGAUCCUCAAGCACAGCCCGGAAUCCAGUCGGGGCCAAUGCGGGGAGAAUCUGGCCUGGGCAUCUUAUGACCAGCCAGGAAAGGAGGUGGCCGACAGAUGGUACAGUGAAAUCAAGAACUACAACUUCCAGCAACCGGGCUUUACCUCGGGCACGGGACACUUCACAGCCAUGGUGUGGAAGAACACCAAGAAGAUGGGGGUGGGAAAGGCUUCUGCCAGUGAUGGGUCCUCGUUCGUGGUGGCCAGAUACUUCCCUGCAGGGAAUGUGGUCAACCAGGGUUUCUUUGAGGAAAAUGUCCUGCCUCCGAAGAAGUAACCUGUCCGAUUGUAUGACAAUCAGAGAACAUGGAUGGAAAGUGCCUGGAACAACGGAAGCUCAGCUGUGUGUCCCUGUGGAUGGGUGUGCUUGGGCGUGGUACACACAGAGCCUCUUGCACAUCACAUGCACUUGGGUAGACAGUUCUGCAUGAACUCAUUCCUUAUUAAAGGGAUGAGCACAUGAAGCAUUGAUCAUGAUGAUUAGAUUAAAAUGAUUUGGAUUGCAGGGGGAGGGGUGUAGACCAAUUUUUAAAAUUUUGUUAUUUUUUUAAGCAAACUUAAAAAAAAAAAUCUUUCUUAUCCUGUCCGGCCUUGGACUUUGUAAAUUCCAGUGUGUGUGAUGCUAAGCCGUGAAGGUGAUUUUAUGUGACUCAUGCAAUAUAAUCUACUUUGGGUAGAAACUGAAGAAUAUUCAGCCCUCAUUUCAAUGUGACAUAAAACACAGUUUUGAUGCCUGUAGCUACAACGCAUUUCUCUUCAGAAAGGGGCUGGGGGAUGGGGCUCCACUGCCCAGAACUGCUGCCCUUUCUCAGAUGCAAGGCAUGUGUCAUCCUGUAGACUGCCUGGAAUUCUCCCAUGGAAUGGCCCAAGAGCAAAUGAGAGAAAAAGGCUGUACUUCCUUGUAUGUUUCUACUUUUAAAUAGCAAAGCACCCCUGCCACACCUCUGGACAUAAACUCCUCUGCAUUUCAGAGCUCAGGAUGCUAGUCCCCCCCCACCCCACCCCCACCCCCCAGAUUUUUUAGGAGCUGAAUAAGGCCUGAAAUCACCCCUCCCCCACCUCUGAGGUGGCCCAGGGCCUGCUCUAGAGAGCCCCCUACACUGCCUGGGCUCCAGGCCAAGUGGCCUUGGAUGGAUGAAGUCAGUGGGGUGGGGGAUGAGGAUGAGCUCAGGGCUGUGAAAGGAAGUCCGCAGCCUCCUCCCUCUCCCUCUUCCCUCUCCCUUCUCCCCUCACAGGCAGCCCAGGCCUCUUCCUGGCAGCUGUGGCUGCAGCUGUGUUGCUGCUGCCUCUGGAAUGUGUAAGGGGGCCCAAGUGUUCCUGAGGAGUGUCCCACCAGGGAGCAGAGACACGCUAAUGUAGGCUUGUGUUUUGUGCCUCAAAGGAGACAAAGUUCUCCUCCAGAGCCAUUUCACAGGGCCCACAUGGGCGGAGCCAACCAGAUGCCAAGGGAAGUGUCCCUGAAACCAUGGCAUCUCCAGCUGGUGAGAGCAGGGGCCUAGGGAGGGGGUUGCCAACUGAGAGACAGGAGCCUGAGUGGAGCAGACUUUGAGAAGUGCCUCCUGAAGGUCUACAAGGGAGCUUCAAAAUGUUCGUGGAAAAAUGAAAUUCCAAGACAAUGGAAUUUUUCCACAAACGUUUUACAGCUCCCUCAUAAGCUGUCCCGUAACCACAGGCUCAUGCUGUGACCCUUAUUCCCUCCAGGAAUAUUGACUGAGACAAUAAAAUCCUUUUCUUUUGUGUAA